AUGAAGAUCAACUGUGUCAUGUACAUCUACUUCGCCUCGCUCUUCUCCAACUUCCUCACGUUCCUCCCCAAUAAGCCCUUCAUGGGUGGCUCGCUGGAGGAGAAGUUUGGCAUCGCGAAGAACGAGCCGUUGCGCAUGCAGAUGGUUGGCGCACUCACGUACUUUGGCAUCCUUCUGUACAAGGACACCUUCUUUGGCGACCGCGCCGGCGACAUCCUCACGUGCAAGGCGCUCUCCCUCGCGUGGGGCGUCUGCGCCAUUGUCUUCAACUGCGGCGGCUCUCCCAACUUCACCGAGUCGAACAUCCUCACUGUCGUGAUGACCGCCCUCUUCGCCUACCUCGGCUUCAUGGAAACGGAGGGGCGCCCCCCCCCGACCGAGCUGCGAAACAACGUCAACAACGGCGUCCACACCGGCCGCCGCUAA